AUGUCGAAGAAAAAAACGCCGCCACCGCUAAACAUCACCCCCCCACUCCUCAACUCCGCCAACCCGUGGGCGACCGACCUCUCGCACCUCCUCCCCCUCUACGCCUGCCCCCACACCGGCGCCAUCACCACGCGCACCAGCCUCCUCCACGGCUACCCGCACGACGACGCCGUCAACCAAUACACCUUCUUUUCCCCCACGACGCAGUCCCCCGUCGGCAUCAACCCCUCCGCCGCCGCGACGCCCGCGACGCACGCCGCCAGCCUCAACACCCUCGGCUACAGCCCGCUGCCGCUGGACGCGUAUCUGGGCUUCGUGGGGGCGAUAUCGGCCGAAGCGGCGGCCAGCGGCGGGCGGCUGCGGACGGAUAAGCUGGUGAUUGUGUCGGUGACGGGCGCGCCGGAGGAGGUUGCGCAGUGCUAUCGCCGCAUCUGCGCGCGGGCGCGCGAGGUCUGCAUGCCGUUGGCGAUGGAGCUGAAUCUGUCGUGUCCGAAUAUUCCGGGGAAGCCGCCGCCGGCGUAUAGUCGCGGUGCGUUGGUCGAGUAUUUGAGGGCGCUGGAGGGGGCUGUGCGGGAGGAGCGGAGCGACGAGCGGCGGGCGGAGGGGGCAAAGGUGGUCGAGGUGCCGAUUGGCGUGAAGACGCCGCCGUUUACGCAUGCGGGGAUGUUUGAGGAGUUUGUUGGAGCACUGCGGGAGGUCCGGCCGUGUCCGGUGGCGUUUGUGACGGCGGUGAAUACGUUGGCGCCGGCGUUGGUCGUGAGGGGUGAAGGGGAAGGGGCGUUGGAGCCGGCGUUGGGGAGUGCGAGUGGGUUGGGGUUGGGCGGGAUGGCGGGCGCGCCGUUGCAUCCGUUGGCGUUGGGGAAUGUGCUGAGUUUGAAGGAGGCGCUGGGGAGGGAGGAAGAGUUGCGGGAGAUUAUGAUUAUUGGGGUUGGGGGUGUGGAAGAUGCGGGUGGGUGGAGGAGGAUGAGGAGGGUUGGUGCGGAUGCCGUGGGUGUGGGGACGGCGUUGGGGAGGUUUGGGGUGGGUGUUUUUGAGAGGAUUUGGAAGGGUUUGGAGGCUGCGAAGCUUUGA